UGUGGCUAUAGUUAGUAUGUGGCUAGUAAUAAGUUAACAAAUUGGUGAAUUCAUUACUAUGGAAUAAAAGAAGAUAACUGCAUCAUGACGCAAAAAAACAUUUCUGGUUGUUGCAGCUUCAUAUGGCAAUGGAUUAAACAACUAUAUGCAGAUAACGUUGUAGAGCUGAAGGAGCUACUAUGGUUUGUAGCACUUAUGAUUCAAAACCAUUUUUCAGACCUACGUUGCUCCACUUCAGAUGAUCUGGUGGAAAAUUGCCUAACUUCACUUGUUAAGAUCCCUCCUACUUUGCUAAACUUUUCACCAUUUAUUAUUGUACUUGCCUUUUCUGGACACCUUGGGAAAAUGGACCUUGAUGCAAUGACACUUUGUUCUUCUUUUAUAACUAUCACAGGUAUUUCCAUUGGACAAGGAUUAACGACAGCAUGUGAUACACUUGUCUCCCAAAUUUAUGGAGGAAAAAACCUGAAACUCAUUGGUGUUAUUAUACAACGCGCUAUACUCAUCCUCUUUCUUGCUUGCUUCCCAUGUUGGGCAUUAUUUGUUAACACCAAAAGCAUUUUGCUUCUUCUUGGACAAGAUCCCAAAGUGGCAAGCUUGGCAGAGAGGUGCGUGAUGGUGCAAAUUCCAUCUCUUCCAGUAAUAUUUUAUUGCCAACUUCAACAACGGUAUUUGCAAAACCAGGGUAUUAUUUGGCCUCAGACCAUAAUAUGUUUUAUUGGAAAUAUUCUUCUUAUCAUCUUGUGCUAUGUUUUUCUGUUCAUAGUAAAAACUGGAGUGAUAGGAGCUUCAGUGGCUUUAACUAUCACUUACACAUCUGAGUUGAUCUUACUUUUCCUCUUCAUCCAUCUGAAAAAGUUACAUGUGGACACAUGGCCAGGCUGGUCUUUUAUUUGUUUGGCGGACUGGAAUUCUUUCCUGUCUCUGGGAAUUCCCAGCAUGCUGAUGCUGUAUACUGAAUGGUGGAUAUACGAUAUAGCAAUCUUUUUAGCAGGUCAUAUUAACUUAGUGGAACUUGGAGCACAAGCAGUACUGUUGGAACUUGGCAUCUUUCUCCAUGAGAUCAGCUAUUCAGUUGCUAUGGCAUGUAGCAUUAAAUUGGGUAACUAUUUAGGUGCUGGAGAGACGGAUAAAGCUAAGAAGGUAGCACAACUCAGUUUUCUUGUAACAGCUUUCACCACAUUGUUUCUAAUCAGCAUUUUGCUUGGUCUUAGGACCCCAAUUGUCUCACUUCUUACCAAUGACAAAGAAAUACUAUCUCUGGUCAUCAAAGCAACACCCAUUAUUGCAAUAUUCUUUGUUGCUGAUGCAAUGUGUGCUCUUUUUGGGGGAAUUAUCAGAGGAACUGGUAAACAAACAGUUGGAGCUAUAGUAUAUGCUCUUGGGUUUCUCUUGAUCAACUUUUCUAUUUCUAUCCCUUUGAUGUUUGUUGUGAAGAUUGGCACAAGAGGUUUUUGGAUUGGAGUAACAGCUGGGAUCUUUUUUAUUGAUAUUUUUUUCCUCAUCUAUUACUGGAGGAUAAACUGGCAAGAUCUGACAAAACAGGCUCAGGAACGAGCAGGGUUGACCAAAAACUCUGAGAAAGAGCCUAUCUCUUUUCACUACAGCGGUCACGAUACCUCAGACAACUUGGAGUUAAAGAAUUAUGCUGCAUUGGAAUCUUCAAACAGUGAAACUCAGCUAGAUAGGCAAGUGUCUCAGCCUUCCAAAAAGAAGAUUGAUCAACCUUUGAAAAAAAUUAUUAUACGCCGAGUACUUGAUACUAUAGCAGUUGUAUCCGUAUUUAUUAUUGGACUUAUUAUUAGAUUCACUGUCAAACAUCCCUAGCUACUUAGCUACAGAACAUACUUUCUGUUUCAUUUAUUAUGCUCCACAAUUAUCAAGAAUCGAAGAACGGAACUGUAGGUCCAAGAUUUUUAUUGCAAAGUAGUUUCAACCUGUUUGUUGGCAGUAGCAGUAAUGUGUCUGCAACAGAAGCAAUGUUAUUUAAAGCAAACACUUCAACAAAAUAAGGAACCAUUUUUUUCAAAAUGGGUGUUGCUGGUGUAAUCAAAAUAAAGUCUUCACAAUAAUGUAA